CAACAGAAAGAAGAAAACGUAUGCUAACUAUUAAGCAGGUCAGCUACUGACUUCAAACGUAUUAGUCACAACAGAUGAUGGCAGAUGAUGUUCUGUUCGAGUUUCUUCACAUGGAGAUAGUUUCUUAUGUCUACAGAGAACAGACUGCCCAGGAGGAUCAAGAUAAGGAUAGAGUAACGUCUAUCUCCGUAUUAGAAGGGAUGGGCUUCAGAGUGGGACAAGGCCUAAUCGAGAGGUGCACAAAAGAUUAUCCCUCCUUUAAAGAUGACCUGGAUAUGAUAAAGUUCAUCUGUAAGGACUUCUGGAAUGGCAUCUUCAAAAAACAAAUAGACAACCUGAGGACCAACCAUCAGGGAACGUACGUGUUACAGGACAACAGGUUUCCACUGCUGAGUCAGGUCUCUAGUGGAAAGCAGCACCUCGAAGAAGCUUCGAAAUAUUUGGCCUACACGUGUGGGUUAAUUAGAGGAGCUUUGUCCAACUUGGGUUUGGAGAGUGUAGUGACCGCUGAGGUUUCCCUAAUGCCAUCAUGCAAAUUUCAAGUCGUCGUUCAGAAAACCUAAAUGGGCUGAAACAGCUGCUACUGUUGGGGAAUUUUCCUCCAGGUCAAAAUGCUAUGAAUGUGAAAUACAUGUUUUCUGAAUGUUUACGAAAAACCUUAUUUUGUAUAUUCUGAUAAUAUAUUUGUAUUUUUUUAAUAUUCGUGGAAAACGUUACAAGUUUCCAACAGCUCUGCACAUCUGGUAGAUAGUAACAUAAUAACUUAAUAAUUUUAAAUAGAAGUUGCCAUUUAAAAGAAGAUUGUGGGGUUUAUCUUUGUUUUAAAAAACCCACCAGAGUUGGGACAAGCUAAAAACAUUUCAAUCAAGAAUAUAAUAUCAAGAAAAUAAUUUUUUUAUUCUUGCACUGCCAAAUCUAAAGAUAUAAGGUACUUAUUGUUUAGGUUGUAUGUAUAAAUGGGUCCUGUACCUGUAAUUGAUUUUCAUACAUCCUAUCACCACACAUAAAUUCUUAAUUUGUAAUGUAACUAUCUACAUCUGACAAUAUUACAAGAAAACGUGGCUGCAAAAUUGUUUAUUGGAUAUAUUUUUAAUAGAUUCAGAUUCAUACCAUACAAGAUAAAGCAAAGAUUUAUAUCUGAAAUUCAUGUUUUUAAUUAAAUCUGU